UAGAUUUUACAACUCGUUUCCCUCCUCCCCUCCCCAGACUUUAGACUUGUUCCUUCAGCCCAUCACCUCCAACUCCAAGACCAGGAGGACCUCCGUUCGUUCUCCUCCAGUUCUACUUCCCCAAAUCAAAUCAAAUCAAAUCCCAAUACACGAGAGCUAGCUCUUUCUAGAAGCGUAGCUCUACGUAUCUUUGCUGCAAGACAAGAAGCAGCACAUGCGACAAGAUUAAGGAACAAGCGAGGCUAAUUAAAGGUGCACGUUCUGGUUCAGAUUAUCAGUGCGGCCGCUGAGCGAAGCCCAAAAGGCUCACCGUAAAGCAAGGAGCAAAGGUGAGGAUCUUUCCGUCGCUUUUGCACUUCUUGUGCUAUCAAUCAGAAUCAGGGUGCGUGUUUCCCUUCGAUCUCCAUGCUUGCUUCCUGGCCACUUCGUGUCCUGGUCGUCAGUGUCUUACAACAGUUGAUUGAUUGCUGAGCUUUGGUUUCACUCCACAGAUAGGGUAGCGUCCAUGGGCUGUGGGGCGUCGAAAUGGAAGGACCCCGGUGUUGUGCGCCGGGGGAGGCCAAGAAGCGUCGGUGAGGUGGUCGUCUUCCUCCCAGGGCUGAGGGUACCAAGAACCGUAGACUUCUCGCAGUCUCUCGCGGAUCACCUGGACAAGAGCACGGUGGAGAGGCUGUCGGCUCUAAGAGCAACGGUCGUGGCAAUGGCAAUGCAGGAAUCGGCCAUGGCCCUCAAGCCGAGGCGAAGGACGACGCGGCACGGAGGGUCUGGCACUGCUAAUCUUCUCCAGGCUUUGGAAGAGUACCUACCAGUUCUGCUAGGACUGGUGAAAGAAAGCAGUGGUCUGAGAAACAAAGUGCAGUUUGUUUGGGCUAACCAAGAGGACGAUGCUGAGGAGACAUCCAUGGCGGAUGCUUGGUAUGAGGUGCUGUCUGUGCUGCACCUUAUGGCCAUGGUGUGCUUCCUGCAGGCCAACUCUCUGCUUCUUCCGAGGUCAUACGGCGACGGCCAUGGGCCGAGGGUGUCUGAAGAGAGCAGGCGAGCCACUGUUGAUGUUUUCUUGAAAGCCGGUGGGUACUUGGAUUGUGCAAUUAAUCAAGUACUUCCGCAGAUACCGCCCGAAAAAAGAAGGGCACUCCCGGUAGAUCUAGUUGAAGGAAAUCUAAAAGCUCUUAGCUUGCAAGGACUUGGCCAGGGAGUUGAUAUGCAACUUGGAUUGGCAAUUGAUAAUCCAAAGGCCACUUUAGCAGUCAAACGACGUUUAGCUUGCGAGAUGGUCAAAUAUUGGCAGCAGAUUAAGGAUAGCAUACCGGAGCUUCCUUUGUCAGAUGGAUGGGCAAAAAAGCACACACUAUUUGUAAAGUGGAAGUAUGCUGAAGCAAAGGCUGCUGCAUACUACUUCCAUGGGUUGAUUCUUGAUGAGGGAAACACCGAGAAAUCACAGGAGAUGGCAACAUCAUCCCUACAAGCGUCAGAGGAGUUUCUGAAAGAGAGCAAAAGAGCCUCUGAGGUCUUCCAUUCGACUCCUCCGACAUCAAGGAUCUCAACUCCUUUCGGAACAACCAAACAUCUCUUGGACAUGAUCCCACAAGAGACAUUAAGCAAGCUCCAGAAUAACCAGGACCUUAACACCCAAGAAAGAACAUCAAAUACCGGAGUCAGCCGGAUCAUCACACCGCCGCCUCCAUUGCCAGAUUUCCCUUUGGCCCUAAAUCCUGAGGAAUAUGAGCUUCCCCAAUUAGACCCACUGUUGAAGAAGGAAGCUAACCACUAAUGAAGUUUCGUUACCAAGCUCAGACAAGAAAGAAGGCCUUCUUCUAAAAGGGAUCACUCCUCCGCAGCUGAAAAAGAACAUAAAUUCUGCAACACUUUAGAGGACAAUAGUGAGAAACGAAGUCUAUUACGCCGAAUGUUAGAAAGAAAAACAAUUUUAUUAAUGUCGACCAGUUAAAAUGAAUUACCCAACAAGGUCCAAGGAUCUGAAGAGCAUUGUACAGACGGAUCUUUUCUUGUGAAUUAAUGCUUUUGUUGACAGA